UGUUAGAGAUGCACUGAUAAGCUGAUAGCUAGAGUGGAAGACUUGCACAGGCAGCACAGAUGCUGUAGAUGUACUAGAAGUAGAACACACACAGGAGCAUAAGCAAAUAAUAAAAAAGAUGCCAGCUCAUCUGAGCCUGGCAGAGCAGGAGCGGGAAUGGAGAAAGACAGGCAGGGCGGCAGAGCUGGGUCUCUCUAUCAGCACAGAGAAGGGACGACUGAAGAUGUGCGACACUGCAAGCAGGCAGAGAGAUCCCAGCUCUGACGUGAAACUCACAGCCUCAGAGAAUAAGAGAAAAGCAUGUGCUCUGUUGCAUAUCAGAUCAGCACAGAUUAAUAUCAACAAAAGAAAUGGACAUACUGCAGAGUCAAAUGCUCUAAAGGUGGAUGAGAGGCUGCGUUUGGCCCGAGAACGAAGAGAGGCAUACCAAAAACAGCUGGCGUUGCGUGAACAUGGAUGGUUGGCAAGAGAGGAACGGGCCAAGCAGUUCUACGAGAAACACCUGGAGGAGCGACGGAAGAAGCUGGAGGAGCAGCGACAAAGAGAGGAGAGGAGGAGGAUGGCUGUCGAGGAGAAACGUAGACAGAGGCACAAAGAAGAGAGAGAGCGUUAUGAGUCUGUGAUGCGAAAGACGAUGGAAAAAAGUCAGAAGGCCAAACAGAAACUUGGCCACUGCUCUCGCCGGGUCACGAACAACACUGGGAGCAAAACAAAUGCUAAACGCCGCUCUCUUAGCCAAUGGGAGAUUGAACUCGUAAGUCGCCUUCAGACUCCCACCUUCUCCUAUCUAGCCAGGAGUAGAAGCGCUGUGUGUCUGUCCCGAGAGACAGUUGUUCAUGUUUGUCGUCGUUCAGCCUCAUGCCAUUCUACGCACUCCAGCAACACACAAAAGCCACAGUUCCAUUGUGGGAAAAUGGUAAACAGGCCUGCCAGCUCAGGUCCAAAAGCCACCAUCCGCAGAGCCACCAACAGAGAGCUGGUGGCAAAAAGCGAUGUUGAGGGAAAAGACCUGAAAAUGCACCUUCAAACAACAACUGAAAGCAAGGCCAAACCAGACACAAACCCACAUGGGAAUGCAGUACCUCCACCACUUGGGCUGCAGAACAGACCACAUGUCAGACAUACCACACUUAAAAAAGAUGGUUUGCCUCCACUCCCAGAAGAAGAGGAUCCGGAGGCAGAGCAUGAACUCUCCUCCACCCCUCUACAACCAGAGGAAACAACUCCACAAUGUCUGCACAGAAAUGUUAAACAGGAUGGCCAACUUCAGUUGAAUCUAGUUACUAAUGGAUCUCUGAACUCUCCAUCUUGCUCUCAGAUUCCUAAUGGAACAAGUCACAAUGGUGAUGAAGUCCUGGUCCGAACUGCUUAUUGGACCACAGACCCUGAGGAGGCCACUCGCUUGCUGGCAGAGAAAAGGAGACAAGCCAGGCUCCAGAGAGAGAAGGAGGAAGAGGAACGCAGACAGAAGGAGGAGACAGAGAGAAGAAGCAGAGAGGAACUAAUGUGUCGGAGAGCUGAGGAACGAGCCAGACAAGAAGCAGAGGCCUUCAGACUGCAGGAGGAAAUGAGGAAGAGGGAAGAGGAUGAGCGACUUCAAGCUGAGGAAGAGAAUGCUAGCAGACAAAAAGAGGAGGAAAAAAGGCUUCAACAACAGAGAGAGGAAGAAGCUCGCCAGAAGGCACAGGCAGAACAGCAGAGACUGGAAAGAGAGAGACACUUCCAGAGAGAAGAGGCUGAGCGCCAACAGAGGAAAAAGCGUCUGGAUGAAAUCAUGAAAAGGACACGAAAGACAGACUCUGAAGAGAAGAAACCUGUAUCAGUGAAGGACACCUUGCCUAGUGAGAACGGAAGGCCUGUAAUCAGGCUAUCAAGUCCAGGAAAAACUCCAAAGCUUGAGCUGAGGGACGAGGAGGACAUGCUUCCUACAGUGGCCUUCAAGGAACGUCGAUCUUUCCGCACUCUCUCUGGCCUGGAAGAGAUAAAGGCCCAUCAACAAACAGAGGUCAUUUAACCCAUGGAUCUGUCAAAUGAUGCCACAACCUUCGGAGCAACUUCAGCAAGCUUGUCUUUCUGCGAGAAAACAACAUAUGCACAUUUAUUCCCUUAGACUUUAAAAAACUAUUCACAUAUUACAGUUCCUUAUUCUAAUGCCCAAAUAAAACUUAAUUAAUGCUUGAUUUGCUAUGGUGACAUAACAGUCAUCGCUCAGUAGCUAGAUAACUUUGGGUAUGUAUGUGGUAAGUGUCACUUAAAAAAAUAAUGACUUAAAGGUACAUUACCCACCAAACAGAACUUGAAUGCUUCAUGUUUUAGUUUUAAUUUAGUCAUAUUUGUAUUUCAUUUUAGUCAGUGUGUUUAUGGUGUUAAGAGAAAUGCUUUGUCUUUAAAUCUAGGAGCAGUUUUGAUGUUAUAAUCUACAAUGGAGAUAUUAGUCUUAUACAUACAUCGGCACUUACAAAUAGCUAUAUGAUGCAAAGCAAUUCACCUGCACGCAUAUGUGUAUAUGUGCUGGAAACCAUUAAUUUAAUUCACAAUCUCUCUUUGCAAUGCUGCUGUUUCUACUCAUGAGGCAAAAAGCUUGUAUAGAAGUAAUUUUCCAUUUGUCCUCAUUGCUGACCAGUGCUUUUGCGUCACAGUGACAAACAGGUGAGCUCAUGAAUUUCUAGUUUGCGUAGAUGAUUUUGCACUGCUGCUAUUUAGCUGUUCCAAAUAAGAGCAUUUCCCCCCACCUCUCUUUCAUAAAUCAGAAUUGAUUAUGAUAUGACUAUGAUGAUUAAUUACAUGCUCGUCCGCCUUUAUGAGCAUUCAUACAGUGUGCUGGUACCCGCUGACCUUGUGAAAUGAUAGAGGCUUAUGCAAAUAAGGUGAAAAGAUGUAAACAAUUUGACUCAUUUUUUUUUAUUGGUGUAAGUAAAGAAUCUUCAAAAGCCAAACUCUUUGUGUUUGUUCUAAAAAUAAUUCUGAAUAGACCCAUUCAUACAGAUUUGGCGCAACCCAAAUGAAUAAAAUACAAAUUCUACCAAGGUUUUUUAAGAUCCUUGGCUAAAAAAAGUUGUAUAAAAUACAAAACAAAAAUCCACAUAAAUGGCUGAAGAAUUUCUAAGAAAUGGUUCACCCCAAAAUGAAGAUUCUCUCAUUAUUUACUCACCCUCAUGCCAUCCCAGAUGUGUGUGACUUUUUUAUUCUGCAGAACACUAAUGAAGAUUUUUAGAAGAGUAGGUCCAUCUCAUCUCUGCUGGUCCAACUGCAUACAAUGCAAGUCAACAGGCUCCAAAACUUUGAAGCUCCAAAAAGCACAUAAACGCAGUAUAAAAGUAAUCCAUAUGACUCCAGUGGUUAAAUCCAUGUCUUCACAAGCGAUACAAUAGGUGUGGGUGAGAAAUAGAUCAAUAUUUUAGUCCUUUUUUUUUUUUAUAAAUUCUCCUCCCUGCUGGUAGGUGGUGAUAUGCACGAAGAAUGCGAAUGGCCAAAAACAAAAGACGAAUAACUCUUAGGAGAGAAGAGCGAUUAGAAGGGCUGUUUGAAAUUGGAGAUUUAUAGUAAAAAAAAGAACUUAAAUAUUGAUCUGUUUCUCACCCACACCUAUCAUGUCACUUCUGAAGACAUUUAUUGAACUCAUAUGGAUUACUUCAAGCUGCCUUUAUUUGCUUUUUGAGCUUUAAAGAUUUGGACCCUAUUGGCUUGAAUUGUGAGGACAAACAUAGAUGAGAUAUUCUUCUAAAAAUCUCUGUGUUCAGCAGAAGAAAGAAAGUCAUACAUAUCUUGAUGGCAUGAGGGAAAGUAAACGAUGAGAGAAACUAUUUCUUUAACCAUGGGGCUGAAUUUCCAGCUUAGGUUUUUCAUCAGCUGUAACACACUGAAUAGAAAUGAAAGUACUUAUAGCUUAAGAUAUAUAACGCAUAAGAUACACAAUUGUACAUUUGGUGGAUGUGCUGCCAGUUGGGCAGUUCUAGCCUUAUAAAUAGUGAUUUACCAGGGGUUUGAACAACAACACAUCUACAGUGCUUAAACAGGCAAAGAGUAAGCUACAAGUGAUCUCAUCACACAUUAACAUCAAACUAUAUUAACCUUUAAGAAGUGAUGAUGCUCAAGGGUAGCAUUUUUACAGACGUUGGCUGGCAGUUUUUAUAUUGCAGGCUCUCUUUUUUUUAGAAUGUUUACAGAUUCAAUUAAUUUCUCAUUGGUGACUCAUGCAGUGUGAAUUGGAUGGUGGCAAACUUUACCGUGGGUUUGAGAAAUGAUAAAAGUAUUAGCAGGAAAUCAUUCCCCGUGUAGAUCAAUGAUUAGUGUGAUGCUCUGGAGCUGCAGUGCAACACACUGAGCAAAGAUAAAGUGUUUUAGGACAACAUACAAUAACUCAGUUAAUGAAUAAAUUCAAUUGAAUUCAGCUAAAUGAAUUCAAUGCCUUGCAUAUCAAAUAUUUAAAUGUAAAUAAGAACGUCAGUGCAGUAAUUGAACUUCAGAGUCUGAAAAGGACUGGAAUAUCGCAAUUUUCACACACAGCACCCAUUGUGCUUUAUGUAGAAAAAGCAAACAAAUAGAAACAUUCAAAAUGGUGUUGUGUAACUCCAGCAUCAAAGGAACAGUUUGCCCAAAAGUCUGUCAUUAUUUACUCCCCCUUAUGUCAUUCCAAACCCAUAUAUUUUUCUCUUGUGGAACAAUUACGUGAAAGAUUUUGAAGAAUCGUUAUACACCUCUUGGACAAAAUAAAUAACACCAUAAAAGCAUAAUAAAAGUAGUCUAUAUGACUCGUGAGCUAUAUUAUAAUGUAAUCCAAAGCAAUACAAUAGAUUUGUGUGAGAAACUGAUCGAAAAUAGAGUCGUUAUUCACUGAUAACCUUUGCCUCAGCCAAAGCUGGUGUCAAGCCCGCGCCCACAAUUAAAAAAUGUCGCCUCUAAGAUACAUAAACGGUUGCAAGAGUUGUAACUGAACGCGAGCUAGAAAUAGCCAAGUAUCGAUUCUUCAGAAAUGUUACUUUGUGUUCCACAGCAAAAAAAUAACAGCAUACGGGUUCGAAAUGUCAUGACGCAAAUCAUAACAGAAUUUUCAUUUCUUUUCUUUUUUUGGAGUGAACUAUCUCUUUAAAAUACUGAGCUGGACCAAUGUAGAUUUAUGCGACCACAACUGUCACUUGUACUUACAUGGGAUUUAAUUAUGAACUUACCAGACUUUGUGGAGUUUAGAUGUGUUUAGAAAUUGCUACAUUAGUUUGGGGUGUGUGGACUACAUAUACCAGCAGAUGGCGAUAGACUCUAUCGGAUAGAUGUACGUUCAUGUUUCUCAGAUUGGCUAGUGAGCUGCUGAAUUUUACUUAAUUUUAAGUUAUCUCAUAUAAAAAUGCAGCAUUUGUAUUAUUUUGGUGUGAUGCCCUAUUUGAUAAUCUCUUACAAAUACAUCAUAUUCCAAAUGCAGUGUUAUACUGAAUUCAAUUUACUAGUAUCCGUAUGUUAAUCCAUAUGUAGGCCUAUAUCAUAUCCUAUGACCUAUGAACAACCUAUACACACACACAACUUAGCUAAGCUUUAUAUAUGCAGCUGUUUAUUACGACAAUGUUUUUAGAACUAAAAUAAAUGAUGAAUAAUUUUGACUGAGCUGCCAGCUCACUUUGCU